AGCAAAGCAGUAGUGAUAAUGUUCUCUCGGAUAGCCAGAUCAGCUGUGAGUAUUGCUCGCAGCUUCUGCAGCUCUUCCCAGAGCAAUACAAAGGUGACAGUGUUGGGUGCAUCUGGGGGCAUCGGCCAGCCCCUGUCACUGCUGCUUAAGAAGAGUCCACUGGUCAGCCAGCUCUCGCUUUAUGACGUUGUCCACACCCUCGGAGUGGCUGCAGACCUCAGUCACAUUGAGACCAGGGCCCAGGUCACUGGCUACGUCGGCCCUGAACAACUCCCGCAAGCUCUGAAGGGGAGUGAAGUUGUCGUCAUUCCUGCUGGAGUGCCCAGGAAGCCCGGGAUGACACGGGAUGACCUCUUCGGUACCAACGCCUCCAUCGUGGCCACCCUGGCUGAUGCCUGUGCCCGCAACUGCCCUGAAGCUAUGAUUUGUCUAAUCACCAACCCAGUAAACUCCACUGUUCCCAUAGCUUCAGAGAUUCUUAGGAAGCAUGGAGUUUACAACCCUAAGCGGGUCUUUGGUGUGACGACGCUAGACAUCGUCAGGGCUAACACCUUCGUGGCCGAACUCACGGGACUGAAUCCUGCUUAUGUCAACGUCCCUGUAGUUGGUGGCCAUGCGGGCAAGACCAUAAUUCCGGUCUUAUCUCGGUGCACUCCCAAAGUGGAGUUCAGUGUGGAUACUCUCGCUAACCUCACGAGGCGUAUCCAAGACGCAGGCACUGAGGUGGUGAAGGCGAAGGCUGGGGCAGGCUCUGCCACCCUCUCCAUGGCAUAUGCAGGGGCUAGGUUCGCCGUGUCCCUGCUGGAUGCCAUGAAUGGCAAAGAAGGGGUCAUCGAAUGUGCAUUCGUCAGGUCAGAGGAAGGCGAAUGCACAUAUUUCUCCACCCCUCUCCUCCUCGGCAGACACGGAGUGGAAAGAAACCUGGGCCUUGGCAAGCUCUCCGCCUUGGAGACCAAGCUGGUGGCGGAAGCACUGGAUGAGCUGAAGGCCUCCAUUAAGAAGGGGGAGGACUUUGCGAGGGCGCCAACACUUUAAUGCUGCCUCUUCUGGAUGAAGAAUUCCCCUGGCUUUGGAUGUUUUUAAACUCUUUUAAAAGAUACUGUUAACAUU